GAUGAAGCUGUGUACCACUUGCUGCACCACACUAGACGGCUCGACCGCCGUCCCCUCGCACUCGGAGAAGGCCGACCCUCCGCCCGUCUCGUUCGCCUGCGGCCUGCACCAAGUCUGUGGCGCGUGCGUGCGCAAGAACAGGCGGCUGGCUCAGUCCUGCGUCCUGUGCGAGACGGCCAACGACGUCCUCGGCGGCACCUCCACCUCGGCUCCUGCGACAUCGACUGCCACCCCUCGCGCGACGAGCCCGCCUCGGUACGAUGUCGAGAAGGCCGACGGCGACUUUGUGCUCGGCGGCGAUUCGGACGACGAGGACCCGGCGGCGAGGACGGCGGGUUCCCCACCACCGCCACCUCUCGGCGACGAGGGCGCUCUCGGCGAGGCGGGCGAGGGGCUCGAGGCGCCGCCGGCGUACGAGGCGGGAGGUGUCGAGCUCGGCGAUGCGGACGGCAAAGGCAGGAGGGAGCAGUGCGCGCUGCACCACGUCCGCCCGCACGACACGCUCGUCGGCUUGGCCUUUGAGUACGGCGUCGAGGGCCACGUCCUGUGCCAGCUCAACAAGCUCCCCUUGUCGACCCUCUCGACCACGCCUCACCUCCUCCACACCAAGCCCUUCCUCAUCCUCCCACCCACCGCUCGCCGCCCCUCGUCGUCCGCCGAGCCCAUCCUCCCCGCUCCGCUCGAGCGCAAGCGCCUCGUCGUGCGCCGCUUCCAGGUCGCGACCAAGUGCGCCGACUGGGCGACCGCGCGCGCCUACGUCGACGCCGUCUUUCACGCCCGCGAGCAGGAGGCGCGCUUUGUCGCCGAGAACCGGCGCGCACGCGGCGGCGAGGCGGUCGAUGGCGACGACGAGCUCGAGGUGCGCGAGGGCGGCGAGCUCGAGGAGGCGGUUAGGGCGUACGAGGCGGACGAGCGGUGGGAGCGCGAGCAGCGCAACGUCAAAGGCAAGGGUCCAAGCACCAGAAUGGCUACCCAGAUCGCGACCACCGGCGAGCGCGAGUCCACGAAGCUCGAGCGCCUCGGCGCGCACUCGCACAUCCGCGGCCUCGGACUCGACCCCACCACCCUCGAGCCGAGGGGCAACUCGCAGGGCAUGGUCGGCCAGGCCAAGGCGCGCAAGGCGGCGGGCGUCAUCCUCAAGAUGGUCAACGACGGUCGCAUCGCCGGGCGCGCCGUCCUCAUGGCGGGCCCGCCCUCGUCCGGCAAGACUGCCAUCGCCAUGGGCAUGGCCCAGUCGCUCGGCUCGGACGUCCCGUUCACCAUGAUCUCGGCAUCCGAGAUCUUCUCGCUCGAGAUGUCCAAGACCGAGGCGUUGACGCAGGCGUUCCGUCGGAGCAUCGGCGUGCGCAUCAAGGAGGAGUCCGAGAUCAUCGAGGGCGAGGUCGUCGAGAUCCAGAUUGACCGGAGCUUGACCGGCGCGUCCAAGACGGGCAAGAUCACGAUGAAGACGACCGACAUGGAGACGGUGUACGACCUCGGCAACAAGAUGAUUGACGCGCUCAGCAAGGAGAAGGUCAUUGCCGGCGACGUCAUCGUCAUCGACAAGAGCACGGGCAAGAUCUCGAAGCUGGGCAGGUCGUUCACGCGCGCGAGGGACUACGACGCGAUGGGAGCCGACACCAAGUUCGUGCAGUGCCCCGAGGGCGAGCUGCAGGUGCGCAAGGAGGUCGUCCACACGGUGUCGCUGCACGAGAUCGACGUGAUCAACUCGAGGACCCAGGGCUUCCUCGCCCUCUUUGCCGGUGACACGGGCGAGAUCAAGUCGGAGCUGCGCGACCAGAUCAACGCCAAGGUCAGCGACUGGCGCGAGGAGGGCAAGGCCGAGAUCGUGCCCGGCGUCCUCUUCAUCGACGAGGUGCACAUGCUCGACAUCGAGUGCUUCUCGUUCCUCAACCGCGCGCUCGAGACCGAGCUCGCGCCCAUCGUCAUCAUGGCGUCGAACCGGGGCAUGACCCGGAUACGCGGCACCAAGUACAAGUCGCCGCACGGGAUCCCGAUCGACCUGCUCGACCGCGCCUUGAUCAUCUCGACGGCGGCGUACCAGGCCGAGGACAUUCGCGAGAUCCUCACCAUCCGCGCGCAGGAGGAGGACGUCUCGCUCGCCCCGGCGGCGCUCGAGAUCCUGACCAAGAUUGGCUCCGAGACGUCUCUACGCUACGUCAUCCAGCUCAUCACGCUCUCGAGCCUGGUCGCGCGCCGGCGAAAGGCGGCCGUCGUCGACGUGCCCGACGUGCGCCGGGUCUACACCCUGUUCCUCGACGAGAAGCGCAGCGUCCAGUUCCUGCGCGAGCAGAACUCGCUCUUGAUCGGCGAGGACGGGCAGCAGACGAUGGACGUCAUGGACAUGGCGGCGUGAGCGAGGGCCCUGUUUAGAUGUCGACGAGCGUGUCGAGCUGGAACUGAGCAGUGUGCAUGAAGCGC